CGCUGCAUACAUGAUCCAGCAUGACCCCAUGCCCUCCAUGAUCAGCGAUUCCGAUGAAAGUGAUUCUUUCGAGUUUAAAAAGAAAAACAAGAGGAAGACCAUGCGAAGAAUCUUUAGUUCAGAUUCAGAAACGUCAGAAAAUGUAGAUCUUAAUAACUCUUUUAAAGCUUCAAAUAUACAAAAUUUAAACAAUUCAAACAGCACGAGAAAAGAAAAGAAGAAAUUGAAACGAAAGAGAAAUGAUUCAUCAAGUACAGAUUCUUCGCUUGUAAAGAAACCAAAAUUGAGAGAGAAACGAAAGCAAAUCAAGAAAAUGGCAUUUAAUUUCGACAAUAAUAAUGAAGAAAUGGACUUGCAAAGAGGUGGUCGAAAAAAUAUACGAAAAGUUUUAAAAGCCACGCAAGUUACAAAAGAUACAAAACUAGUUGCUAAAGAAGAACAGAAGAGGCUUAAACGUAUCGUUAAACGUCAAGCUCUGUACAAUAAGAUGUAUGAGAUGGAACUUGACAAAGAAGAGAAAGUGGAUAAGCUCGUUUUAGAUUUCGAUACAAAAACGAAACAAGAGCUCGUUAUCGUGCAUGACGAAUUGGUGAAGCAUCUGAAACCACAUCAAGCGCAAGGCAUUAAAUUUAUGUGGGACGCUUGUUUCGAGUCUCUAGAAAGAGUGAAGACUACAUCCGGAUCUGGAUGUAUACUCGCGCACUGCAUGGGUUUGGGCAAAACGUUGCAGAUGAUCGCUCUGACUCAUACACUUCUCACUCACGAAACAAACAUCAAGACAGUACUGAUAGUUUGCCCAUUAAACACAGUACUUAAUUGGCUAAAUGAAUACGAAAUAUGGCUGAAGGAUUUGAAUGAUAUCGAAGUGUACGAAUUAACAAAUUUUAAGAAGAAUGUUGAGAGGCGAAAUGAACUGCAAAGAUGGCAAAAAACCGGAGGUGUUAUGAUCAUUGGUUAUCAAAUGUUCCGUAUUCUUACGAAUUCAAAUAAAAAGAUCCGGAAAAAUAUGAAGAAUGUAAUGUUGGAAUGCUUAGUUGAUCCAGGUGCUGAUCUUAUUGUCUGUGAUGAAGGCCAUGUAUUAAAAAAUGAUGAUACUGCUUUAAGUAAAUGCAUAAAAAACGUGAAAACAUUGAGACGCAUAGUACUUACUGGGACACCACUACAGAAUAACUUAAUAGAAUAUCAUUGUAUGAUGCAAUUUGUAAAACCCAAUUUGCUAGGUACAAAGAAAGAAUUUUUAAACAGAUUUGUAAAUCCUAUACAAAACGGUCAGUUCGACGAUUCUACCACUUCUGAUGUUAAAUUAAUGAAACAACGUGCGCAUGUAUUGCACAAAAUAUUAGAGGGUAGCGUACAGAGAUUUGAUUACUCCAUUCUUACACCGUUUCUGCCGCCCAAACAAGAAUAUGUUAUUUUUGUCAGACUGACAGAUACGCAAAUUAAAAUGUAUCAAUAUUAUUUACAUAAUCUCGCCAAAUUUAGAUCUGGUCAAAUAGUUCGACGAUUCUUUACUGAUUUUCAAGCAUUACAAAGAAUCUGGACGCAUCCCUUAGCUCUACGUCUAAAUACAGAGAAAAUAGAAAAAGCAAAUGAGAAAAAAGAGCUUGAAUUUGUCAGCGAAUCAGAGGGUUCGUUCAACAUAGAUGACGAUUCUAUGGAUACUGAGAAUACCAACAAUACUGAUACAGAGAGUACCAGCAAUAGCGAUUUGAGCAAUGACAAUGACAUUCAGGCGAGCGAUGAUAAAAAAAAUAAUGAAAAUAUUCCUAGACGUAGAACAAGAAAUAAUCCUGGCAAAGAGACAGAGGAAUCGGAGCAAGACACUCGAGAAGUGGUCACAGAAUGGUGGUCACAGUUUGUACAACCUGAGCAUUUUGAAGACAUGAGAGUGUCAGCUAAAUUAUUACUUCUCUUCGGAAUUCUAAAAGAAUGUGAACAGAUCGGUGAUAAAGUGCUCGUAUUCUCGCAAUCUCUAUAUUCUCUCACCUUAAUCGAGGAAUUUUUAAGAAAAAUAAAUGAUCAGACUCAAAACGGUGCAUCCUGUGAUACCCUCGAUAAUCAUAUCGGAAGUUGGUCCUUAGGACUCGAUUACUUCCGAUUAGAUGGUCAAACUUCAGCUAAAAAUCGAGAUAUAUGGUGUAAAAUCUUUAACAGCCCCACCAAUAUGAGAGCGAGAUUGUUUCUCAUAUCCACACGUGCUGGAGGAUUGGGAAUAAACUUAAUUGCAGCGAACAGAGUGAUUGUAUUCGAUGCUAGUUGGAAUCCCUCUCAUGACGUACAAAGCAUAUUUCGGAUGUAUAGAUUUGGACAAAAAAAGCCGUGCUAUGUAUAUCGAUUUCUCGCUACGGGAACGAUGGAGGAAAAGAUUUACAAUCGUCAAGUUGUGAAACUCUCGCUUUCCUGUCGUGUCGUUGAUGAACAACAGAUUGAACGGCAUUACACCAAUCAGAAUUUAAACGAGUUUUAUAUGUUUGAGGGAUAUGAUAAAAAAAAACCUAUAUUAAAUUUACCUAAUGAUAGACUACUAGCAGAGAUAUUUCUAAAGUUCAAGGAUAUCGUGGAAAAUUAUCACGAGCAUGACUCUCUAUUGGAGAACAAGGCUGAAGAAGAAUUAAACGAAGAGGAACGCAAACAAGCUUGGUUAGAAUAUGAAGAGGAAAAGAAGAGGAAAUCGUUAACAAAUUCGAUAAUGAAUACAGCUUCAUUGAAUGAAGACAAUACGCUUCUACAGCAAUGUUUGAUGAUGAACUUUUUAAAUUCUAACACGCCUGAAAAUAAGUUUAAACAUGAAAAUCGCCAACAGCCUAUUCAUAAAGAACAUAUUUCACAGUUGAGUAAAUCGCUUUUGGAGCAAUCAAUAAACGCGGAUAAAUCUGCACAACCUGUGCAACUAAGCGGUGCACAGACUGGAAAUUUAUUUUCAAAUGUAUUUACAAAUUGAAAUAUCUCGUCGACUGACAAUAUAGGUGGAAACACGAACCGAUAGAGGUGAUUUCUAUUACAAGUAAUAUAAGAAUAAAAUGAGCGGAAUGAGUACAAAUAGUUGCGCAAUGAAUUGAUAACAGUAAAAUCUAGAAGGAAUAGAGUUUAUACAUGAAUUUAUUUUUUUACGAAAUAGUAUUA